UAGACAUGGCGUCCUUCAUGAGAAUGAGGGCAAGCCGUCUAACCGGGCAAAAAUUUGCUUUACAGUGGAUAGGCAAGCAAUGUGGGGUGUCAUGGGGCCAGAAAGGACGCCUCCAUAUGACGCCCGUUGCUCUAGGUGUCGCUCCCACGAAACUCAACAUGCCUGCACUUUCACCUACAAUGACCGAAGGAACUAUCCUCAAAUGGUUAAAGAAAGAAGGUGAUACUAUCGAACCUGGUGAUGUGCUAUGUGAGAUACAGACGGACAAGGCUGUCGUAUCGUUCGACACUGAGGAGGAGGGAGUCCUGGCUAAGAUCAUUGUUCCCGAUAACACGCCAAACAUCUCUAUAGGGACCCUGAUCGCCCUCAUGGUGGAGGAAGGUGAGGACUGGAAGGAUGUGGAAGUCCUGCGAGCCUGUAAUUUUUUGCUGCACGCGGUGCAAACAGGGCAGACGUUGCAAACAGUGCGUACGGUUAAGAUCGGUCCGUCAGUGCUGCGUCUGCUGACAGAGUAUGGACUGUCACCAACAGACUUGCGUCCCACAGGGCCGCAUGGAAUCCUCAUCAAAGGAGAUGUGCUCAAGCACAUUGCUGAGAAAGGGUUGAAGCCACUCCCCUCAGAGAAGCUAUCAGUUCCAACCGCAGCGAGCCAGGCACCGCCUCCAACGCCCACACCAGUGGCGCCCCCGCCAGUGGCACCCCCUGCGGUGGCGCCCUCUCUGGUUGCAGCUCCGCCUAGGCCGGCGCCGAGUGACGGAGAUUUCGUCGACAUCCCAAACACCAACAUGCGCAGCGUCAUCGCGAAGAGGUUGACGCAGUCUAAGCAAACCAUCCCGCACGUGUACACGAGCAUGGAUUGCCAGCUGGCGGGCGUGAUGAAGCUGAGACGAGACUUCGCCGCCGACAAGGUGAAGAUCUCCGUCAACGACAUCAUCAUCAAGGCCGUCGCUGUCGCGCUACACAGUGUUCCCGAGGCAAACGUGAUCUGGAACGACGCGACGCAGUCUGCCCAGCAGGCGUCGCAGGCGGACGUCUCUGUCGCCGUGGCGACCGACUCCGGACUCAUCACACCGAUCGUGAAGGAUGCGGGUAGCCUGGGAUUGCUGGAGAUCUCCAGCCAAGUAAAGGACCUAGCCGCUCGAGCGAAGGAAGGAAAAUUGCAGCUACAAGAGUUUCAAGGCGGAACGUUCACAAUCUCGAACCUGGGCAUGUACGGAAUCUCGCACUUCACCGCUGUCAUCAACCCGCCUCAGUGCUGCAUCCUGGCGGUCGGCGGCUCGCGCGCGACCGUCGAUGCCGACAGUGGCGCCCCCGCGGCCGCCAUGACGGUGACGCUGUCGAGCGACGCGCGGGCGGUGGACGACGCGACGGCGGCGCGAUUCCUCGAUGCGUUCCGUGAGGUCGUCGAGAAUCCGUUCCUCAUGGUGAGCCAGCCCCCGCCGAAGGCCGCGUCCUUCCUUGACAUGUGAGGCGCCCCCUGGCGGCUCACCACAGACGCGAACGCUCCCCGGUCAAUCGCACGCCGGCGUCGGGAGAGAGGCGCCACCUGUUGGGGGACCCCGGCGGGAUGUUUCGUCGGCGCGUUCGGCGGCAGGUGAGGUGUCGUUUGUGGAUGCCGACAGAGGGCAGCACCGGUGUUUCCAUUUGGCAUCUAUCUCCGAGUUGUUAUCGUUGUUUUUGUACAGUGUUAUUGUUAGCGGUGCGCGGUUUUGCUCUGUGGCGGUCCACAGCUCAAUGUAACAAAAUACUGGGCCGGUCACCCGCGGAGCAAACGAGUUAUCUUCCAUCUAUAUGUAAAGAUGGUCGGCACUGUGUGUCGCAGAAUUUAGAUGUAAGUAGUGUAGAGGCAAAGAUUUAGAUACAGAGUAGGCCAUGCAGCGCGGGUAGCGUGCAUUGUAGCUGUGACCGUUGCUCUUAGGCUGGAUAAGUGUAAAGUAGCUGAAUAAUAAUAACGCAGUGCCAGAACUGCAUUGACUUUUAGGCCUAAUCGCUGGAAAAAAGAACAACUAUAGGUAGAUUUAUUUGACAGCUCUGGCAGAUCGAUAAUGAAGGUAUAUGGGCAUGCAUGUAGGUCAUUCUUUAGCUAUGACUUGCAAUUACAAACGCAUUUCUCACUAGUCACUCACCCGUUGGACCUAGGUCAAUGCUAGAACUCGUCCAUGGCUCUAUCUUAGCAGUCGGUCAAUGUCAUGUUAUCAGGAGUGAAUAAUAAUAGAUUAUUAUUAUUCUGUUAUUAUUCACUCUUGGCAGUCUCGAUGUUAUUAAAUACGGCUAUUUGCUUCAAACGUGCAUCGCACCGGGUUGUGUAUUGUAACGAUCACUUUCACAUCCAUUAGGAUAUACACACUCGAUCUCGUGUAUUAGCAGUUGGUUUCCCGUAAAAUGAAAGUUGAAGCUUGUAGUCAUGGUGUUAGACUGUGGUCGUUGGCUGACACGCUGUGCGCUAAGCUAAUUUGCGAGUUUUAAGUUCUGCGGGGUGCGAUUAGACCGAUGAGAUGCGAGGGUGCGGUACGGUGUGCAGUAGUGCAAUACGAAAUGUAUUCAGAAGAAAGGACGAGAGUUGACGUGCAUACUCGUAUCUGAAAUUUCAGGAAGUUGUAAUUAUGAAAUGACGGGGGUGUUGUGCAGUGCCAAGUGCUAGUUACCAAAUUACAAAUGGCCUAAAUUAGGCAUGGUGUGGCGCUAUAACGUGUUGCUAAAUAAAACUGCUUUUUGGUUCAUUAUCUGACGUCACUGUUAUGUAUAGUGUAAAAAUGCUGAUUACAUCAAUAAAAUCAUAUAGUAAGUAUAACUAA